AUGGUAGGUCUCACCCUCCCCAUCCAGAACAGCUACCAACCAGUCUCCUUGUCGCCACCUCUGCCCGCUCCAAUGUCAUCCAAACAGGCAUCCGAGCUCCCCGAGAAGCUCACAGAGGCCCAAUUCCAGCCCAUCAUUGACGAAAUGAUAGGCAGUGCUGGGUCUGUUCUCUCACAACACCUUCCUGGCCUCCUCGACACGUAUGAACGUACCCACAGCGACGUUAUUCUGGAUGCAGCAGACCACGAGACUCUGCGCAAGUUGUGCGAGCAGCACACUGAUCUCGAGCUCGGACCACAGGAGUUGUUGCACUUCCUGACUACCAUCCCAAAGCACACAUCCCGUCCAGUCUCCCCAUCAGUCGACCCACCGACGCCAUCUAUCAGCAGCACGCUGUCAUCCCCCUCCGACUCACGACCCCGCCGGCGCCAUUCCGACCGCAUCAAGUCGCCUUCCGAUUCGUCUUCGUCGUCUUCGUCGGAGGAUGAUGCAACCCGGCAGAGGAAAAGGGCGUCGAAGAAGGUACCAAACUCAGCGCCCGCAGGUGGCUCCACGCAAACAUCCCGCCCCUUCCCUGCCGACACCUAUGCCCUACCGGCCGCGCUCCCCUCAAGCGCCGAUGGGCCGCGAGCACCAGCUGUUCCUCGGAGGAUGAAGACUGUCUCCGAGUCGUCAGUUCGUGAGGACUCGCCCUUUUCGACGCGCAUGCGAACCGCCAUGGUCCCGCCCAGCGCCUAUGGAAACAUUGGUUUUUCCCGACCGCCACCUGCUGGUCACUGGCGUCGGUCCAGCCGCGACUUUAGCGGGCACAGCGCCGACGAGCCAAUGACGAGCCCCGAGGACAGCACUGCCAAGUUGUUCAGCAGGAGCCUAAGCUCGUCGUCCAUCUCGUUCUCGUCUCCUCCUCGUAACAGGACAGGACGCGAUUCUCCCUCCUCGCCGUCCGUUGACAACACGUCAUUUCACAAUGCCAAGUCGCCACCCACGGACCUCGAAACGGACAAUUCCUUGACGGACAUUCGGACCGAGGAGCCCGAAGACUUCGAUCUCGACAGCAUUGGUGUCGCAGAUGACUCGAUGCUUCUUGUUCCAGCGGACACCGAACGCCUUGCCAAGCUAACAACCGCGUCGUCCGCGUCCCUUCGCUCCUCUCAUGACAAGCUCCGGGAACUUCAGAAGCAGAACACCGAGCUCCAGCGUAAGCUCCAGGAGUCUCGCAAGGGUAUGGAUGUCGCUGGGGCCGAGAACGAUCGCAUGGUCCUGGACCUGCAGCUCAAGCUCGACGAGACUGAGCAGGAGCUGGCCCUCCGCAAGAAAGAUGACCAUGAUCGCCGGAGCAAGGAACGUUCCCAAGCCCUGGCGAUGGCGGCUCUGGAAGCUGAGGUUGAAGGCCUUAAGCGUACCCUUGAGCACACCCGCUCGGCCCACGCCAACAUCCAGAAGAUGUACUCGUCCCAGUGUGAAGAAUCCCAGCGCCUCCGUGACGUCAUGCGCAACAAAGAGGACGAGAUCCGCGAGCUUGAAGAGCUGGCCAACACGCACCAGAUGGAGGAAGACAAGUACGCUCAUGAGGUCCGGCAAUUCGAGGCCGAAAUUGAGCGGCUCCAACAGGACCUGCGAGGCGCUCAGAGGGCGGAGAACAUCCUCGAGACGCAAAAGCAAGAGAACAUGCAGCUCAAGGAGACCAUCGACCGUAUGCGCUUCGAGAUGGAGGAGAUGCGCACCCUCCCCAGCCUCUCGGUUGGCGGCACCCAGAGCUUGACGCCUUCCAUCCCCCCGACCCUCACUCGCAACCUUGGCGCUGAGAUCAGCCGCCGUAUGGGUCCCGAGGACGACCACGAGCUUGGACCAGAUGCCGGUGAGGCCCCGAUGCGGGAGCGUGUGAUUGAGACUGUUAUCACUCGCACGACCGUGAUCAACGGUGGCCACACGACCACGUCCGACUCGUCGACCAUUGUCAACCGCGAUGUGGAGUAUGUGGAUGCGUCCAUUGGAACAGACCCACUUCCCGAGGCAGUCAUUGAGGAGGCCGAGGCUGGUCCCUCCAAUGACAGCAGCCGUGACGACAUUCCUCCCCACUCACCCCCGGCGUACACUGCCAACCCCGAGCCGAUCAACGAGAAGGAAGUCCUUGAUCGCGCACACCCCCGCGAGCACUCUGGCCCGGCAUACUUUGACGACGACGACUCUUACGACUUCCUCGCCCACAAGCUUGGCCUCAAGUGCAAGGUGUACGAGGAGGAGAUUAGCAUGCGACGCUCCGAGCGCCAGAAGCAGGUGGCCGCUGGGCUCGCUCCGCCCCCCAACCCGAACCAGAUCCGCCGCAAGAGGUCUCAGACCUAUUCUGGCGUCCCUACCGACGAACAGCGUGGCACACGCAUUGGUGGAUGGGCCGUGUGGACCUGCGCGGCAUUCGCUAUCGGUAUGGCGGUCGGCACAGGCAUCAUGAGCGGCGGACCAGCCGGCGUGAACCCGCGUGACGCCCAGCUGUUCACGCACAUGAACACGAUUGCUGUGGCCGCGGGUGUCGGAGAGGGCUUCUUCCCCAACGCGGUCGCUGGCGCACUUGACCAAGGAGCGCGUCUGUUCGUGCCGACGUAA